GUGGGGAGAAAAUAAACAUGUUUUGUGACUAAACAAUGGAUAAUGCAUGGGAGAGAGGUGAACGAACUGGUGAUGAUACAUAUGGUUGGGAGGAGAAUCCUUUAUUAUUAGUUUAUUUUAAAUUUAAGAUUAUUGAAUGAAUCAUGGAGUCAUAUAAUGAUUGAAGUCGGAAAACUCGGUGUCUCAAAUCCAAAAUAGGGGACACACAUACCUAAAAUGGAUAAUUUAGUAGUAGUAUUGCUGUUUUAAUUCUAGACCAAAAAUCAAAACCACUUUGUAUGCCUGAAAUUUCUCUAAACCAUCCUUGUCUUAAAAAUUACACAAAAUUUCUUCUUCAACAAUCUAUCUCCAAUCUUCACCACCUCCCAAAUGACUAAGUAAAAUCCAGUUAGGACAAAAAAAAAAAAAAAAAAAAAAAAUUCAAUGAGAAACAUAGUCCUACUAUUUCUCACCAUCAAUCUUCCAUUGGGAAAGACCACCUCAUUGUAGCAAAUCCUCCCCCGCAUAAUUGUUUCUUCUACCUCUUACCUUCAUUUUUCUUUUGUGUGUGUGCGUCCAUGGAGAUCUUUUCUCUUUGAAUGAAACUCUCUCUUUGUAGUUUCUUUUCAAGGCCCCCCCACCAAAAACCCCCUCCCUUCCCACUAUUUUUCUUUUCUUCCCUUUGUUUUGCUUUCUCUUGGGGCCUUUCCUCCGCCUGCGCACACCACCUGCAUCCUCCCUCUCCUGCCAAAAGGGCAUACAUAACAUAUAUAUACAUACAUAUAUAUACAUACAUUUAUCGCUCUUUCGUCGCGAUUUCCUCCUUUGUUGUUUGCCAUAUUUUCGUGAUCCUUGGGUAUUUUCUUCAGCUCCCCACCCUUAGUAGUUCCUCCAAAUGGGGAACUGUUGUUCUCGGGGCGCAACCGCGGAAGCUUCCCCUGAAGACACUAAUAACAACAAUAACAACCACCACCAAAAUGACAAUCACAAUGAUGCAGGCGAAACCGGGCAACCGGAAGGCAGCGAUCAUGAUAAUAACCACCCUCCCACCACUCCGCCAAAGACAACAACCCCGCCUUCGGCGUCUCCCUGUCGUUCCCCGAAACCGGCCAAGACUGCGCCGAUCGGGCCGGUGUUAGGCCGUCCAAUGGAAGACAUCCGGACAAUGUACACCAUUGGUAAAGAGCUGGGAAGGGGACAAUUCGGGGUCACGCAUUUAUGCACACACAAGCAAACCGGCGAACAGUUUGCGUGCAAGACCAUAGCCAAGAGGAAACUGGUGAACAAGGAGGAUAUCGAGGACGUGCGCCGGGAGGUGCAGAUCAUGCAUCAUCUCACCGGACAGCCCAACAUCGUGGAGCUCAAGGGAGCCUACGAGGACAAGCAUUCCGUCCACCUGGUGAUGGAAUUGUGCGCCGGCGGAGAGCUUUUUGAUCGGAUCAUUGCGAAAGGGCAUUACACCGAACGAGCUGCGGCUUCUUUGUUGAGAACCAUUGUCCAAAUUGUUCACACUUGUCAUUCUAUGGGUGUUAUUCAUAGGGAUCUCAAGCCCGAGAAUUUCCUUCUUCUCAGCAAGGAUGAAAAUGCUCCCCUUAAAGCGACCGAUUUUGGUCUCUCUGUUUUCUAUAAGCAAGGAGAUACAUUUAAGGACAUUGUGGGAAGUGCGUAUUAUAUCGCACCCGAAGUUCUAAAGAGAAGAUAUGGUCCUGAAGUUGAUAUUUGGAGUGUUGGUGUCAUGUUGUACAUCCUUCUUUGUGGAGUUCCUCCUUUCUGGGCUGAAUCUGAGAAUGGGAUAUUUAAUGCAAUUUUAAGAGGCCACAUCGACUUCACAAGUGAUCCGUGGCCUUCAAUUUCCAGUGGAGCCAAGGACCUGGUUAGGAAAAUGUUGAAUUCCGACCCCAAACAGAGACUCAGUGCAUUUCAAGUCCUAAAUCAUCCAUGGAUCAAGGAAGAUGGAGAGGCACCAGACACUCCUCUUGAUAAUGCUGUUUUGGGCAGGCUCAAACAGUUCAGGGCCAUGAAUAAAUUCAAAAAAGUUGCUCUUAGGGUAAUUGCAGGAUGCCUCUCAGAGGAAGAGAUCAUGGGAUUGAAACAAAUGUUCAAAAGCAUUGAUUCUGAUAAUAGUGGCACCAUAACAUUGGAGGAGUUGAAGCAAGGAUUGGCAGAGCAAGGGACAAAGUUAUCAGAAUAUGAAGUCAAACAAUUGAUGGAAGCAGCUGAUGCGGAUGGAAAUGGAACCAUAGAUUAUGAGGAGUUCAUCACCGCAACAAUGCACAUGAAUAGGAUGGACAGAGAAGAGCAUCUCUAUACUGCCUUCCAAUACUUUGAUAAAGACAAUAGCGGGUACGUUACAAUAGAAGAACUAGAGCAAGCCCUGCGAGAUUUUGGUAUGAAUGAUGCCAAGGACAUCAAAGAAAUCAUCUCUGAAGUUGAUACUGAUAAUGAUGGUCGAAUAAAUUAUGAUGAGUUUGUGGCCAUGAUGAAGAAAGGAAAUCCAGAUGCAGGAGCAAAUCCAAAGAAGCGGAGAGAUGUGUUUGUGCAAUAAGAUUUGGUUGUUUCAUCUAGAACUUGAUUUACGUUCUAGGUGAAAUAUGAAAGAAUGGUGGCACAUACAUUGUAUCCUUUAGUCUUCAAUUAAUUUAAUUAGUGGAAACAAAAAAAAAAAAAAAGAGGGGAGGAAAAAAAGAGAGAGGAAAACCUUCUAGUUUUAUGGUCCAUGUGUAUGUAGAAGUCAUGGAUAGUAUUGUUUAAUUCAUGUGUUUGUGUAUAUGAAUAACAAAUAAUGCCAAAAAUAUAUGGAAGGGGAAAUCAAGUCACACGAUUGGUCCUUUAAUUUCUAUUUUGUAAGCAUUGAAAAUCAGUUUUAAUGUGUGGUAAGGAGAG